AUGUUGGCUGGUCGCCGUGGUCAGGCAUUUCCCAGAAUGGACCUGCAUGAGAACGCCGAGACCAAGACAGUGACCGCGACAUUCGAACUUCCUGGUAUCAAACAACAGGAUGUCAACAUCGAGGUCCACGGAAACUCCCUGACCAUAUCCGGGGAGUCGAAACGCUCGGAGAAUCAUGACAAGGGCAGCUAUACGGUGCAGGAGCGCUCGUAUGGCAAGUUCUCCAGGACUCUUCAGAUUCCUCAGGGAAUCAAGGUCCAGGAUGUCGACGCAAAGAUGAAGAAUGGAUUGCUCACUGUAUGUUUCCCGAAGGCUAGACCAGGCCAGCAAUCCCAGCGGGUUACGAUCACGUGA